GCCGCCCCCCGCACCGGCCCCAUGGCAGCCCCCCGUGCCCCACAGCGGCCCCACAGCAAUCACCCCGUGCCCCACGGCGGUCCCCCGCGCCCCACGGUGACCCCCCCACACCCUACAGCGGCCCCAUGGCGGGCCUCCGUGCCCCACAGCCACCCCCCUGUGCCACACAGCAGCCUUACAGCGACCCCCCCGCACCCCACGGCGGGCCCCCUGCACCCCAUGGUGACCCACUGCACCCCUCCAAUGGCCCCACUGUGACCCCAGUGCAGCCUACUGUGCCCCCACCGCACCCCCCUGCACCCCACAGUGCUCCACUGCACCCUCCCAUGUUCCACUGCAACCCCCCUGCACCCCACUGCGGCCCCCGAACCCCUUUGCGCCCCCACCCCACUGCACUGCCUCGCAUCCCCCCACGCCCCACUGAGGCCCUCCCCCACUGCAGCCCCCACGCCCCACUGCAGCCCCACUGCAAACCCCCGCACCACAUUGCAGCCCCCUGCGACCCCAAUGCAGCCCCCCUGCACCCCACUGUGCCCCCUAUGCCCCGCUGUGUCCCCCUGCACCCCACUGCAGUCCCCACUGCGCCCCCCAUGCCCCACUGCAGCCCUCACUGCGCUGCACUGCGCCCCACUGCGGUUCCCCGUGCCCCACUGCGGCUCCCGCUGCGGCCCACUGCACCCCCCCGUGCCCCACUGCAACCCCAAUGCAGCCCACUGCACCCCACUGCGGCCCCCCGCACCUCACUGCACCCCCCCCCAGACUCCCCCUGCGCCCCACUGCGGCCCCAGCACCACCCCCCAAUCCCCUUGUGCCCCACUGGGACCAGCACCACCCCCUUGAGCCGCCCCUCCCUGUACCACACUGGUCCCAGUCCGUCCCCCGCUACGGGCCCCCCCCCUUUUCCCAGUGCUCCCAGUUUGAUACUGGGCCCCUCCCAGUGCCGCAACUGCGACUACCAGCAAGAGGCCGACAACAGCUGCAUCUACGUGAACAAGAUCACGCACGAAGUGGACGAGCUGACGCAGAUCAUUGCCGACGUCUCGCAGGACCCCACGCUGCCCCGCACCGAGGACCACCCCUGCCAGAAGUGCGGGCACAAGGAGGCCGUUUUCUUCCAGUCGCACAGCGCCCGAGCCGAGGACGCCAUGAGGCUCUACUACGUGUGCACCGCGCCGCACUGCGGCCACCGCUGGACCGAGUAGGGCAGCGCCGGAGCCCCCGGACAGCGAGCCCGACCCCGGAUAUCGGUCCUGAUCCCGGACAGCGAUCCCGACCCCAGAUGCCGGUCCCGACCCCGGAUAUCGGUCCCGACCCCGGACAGCGAUCCCGACCCCGGAUAUCGAUCCCGACCCCGGAUAUCGGUCCCGACCCCAGAUGCCGGUCCCAACCCUGGAUAGCGAUCCCGAUCCCGGAUAUCGGUCCCGAUCCCGGACAUCGAUCCCAACCCCAGAUGCCGGUCCCGACCCUGGAUAGCGAUCCCGACCCCGGAUAUCGGUCCCGAUCCCAGACAUCGAUCCCAACCCCAGAUGCCGGUCCCAACCCCGGAUAUCGGUCCCGAUCCCGGAUAUCGGUCCCGAUCCCGGACAUCGAUCCCAACCCCAGAUGCCGGUCCCAACCCCGGAUAGCGAUCCCGAUCCCAGAUAUCGGUCCUGACUCCGGAUAUCGGUCCCGAUCCUGGACAUCGAUCCCGACCCCAGAUGCCGGUCCCAAUCCCGGAUAGCGAUCCCGAUCCCAGAUAUCGGUCCUGACUCCGGAUAUCAGUCCCGAUCCCGGACAUCGAUCCCGACCCCAGAUGCCGGUCCCAAUCCCGGAUAGCGAUCCCGAUCCCGGAUAUCGGUCCCGACUCCGGAUAUCGAUCCCAACCCCAGAUGCAGGUCCCAAUCCCGGAUAGCGAUCCCGAUCCCAGAUAUCGGUCCCGACUCCGGAUAUCGGUCCCAACCCCGGACGCCGGUCCCAAAGCCCGGACAGCAAUCCCGAGCCUGGAUAUCAAUCUUGACUCUGGAUGUCGAUCCCAACCCCGGAUGCCAGUCCGAAUCCCGGAUUCUGGUCUGAAUCCCGGUCCAAACCCCAGAUAUCGAUCCCAAUCCCGGAUAUUGGUCUCAAAUCCCGGAUAUCGGUCCCGAUACUGGAUAUCAGCCCAAAUCCCAGUCCCGAAUCCCAGGUAUCGGUCCCAACUUCGGAUAUCGGUCCGAAUCCCGGUCCUGAAUCCCGGUUAUCGGUUCCGGCACUGGAUGCCGGUCCCAAUCCCGGCUAUCGGGCCCGUAGCCCGCGGCUCCCCGGCCUCGUUCCCUCUUUCCCUCCGCUUUUCCCGUCCGGUCGGGUAUCCAAGAGGAUUAUUUUUGGGAUGAAA